AGCUGUCUGUGUCAGUAGCAGAGCUAUAGAGAACCAAGAAGGAAGAACUGUGUGGACAGAUAUAUUGGAUCUCCACUCACACGGGCUCUACUAGGAUUCAAAUACUGGAGAAUUGGAAAACAGAAGCCAAGGCUUGACAGAGCAGCUCUUUGGUACAGACACUGAGUUUCAUAAUCCGCGACUUUGGAAGAUUCUAUGAGAGUUUGAUGUGUUUGUGAGAGAACUCUGCUUCACUAUCAGAGAAAGAGCCUCUGACAGAAGAGGCACCAAAUAAAGAGAGAGAAGAACUUUGGGACGCGAAAAAACAACUGCUUUUCACACGUGCUUACACACUCAGUGCUCCACACAUGGCUGUUGUCCGUCCGAUGCCCAUGGAGACCCAGGGAUUCCACCAUAUGCCUGUUGUCCGUCCGAUGCCCUUGGAGACCCAGGGAUUCCACCACGUGCUGCCUGCCCACCUGCUCUCCUCGACCAUGGAGGAGUUCCCCCAGCAGCUCCCCGUCCCCAAGGGGCCCGCCCGUGGUAAGAGCCGCCCCCGUCGGCCCCGUGAGGCCCGCUUCAAGACCCAGCCCGUCACCUUCGCCGAGAUCGCUGAGGUGGAGGAGGAGGGCGCCUCGCCCCUGGAGGAGGAGAGGGCGCGCCGGUCUUUCCUGCAGUCCCUGGAGAACCUUCGCCGGAGCACACAGGCGCUCUACUGCCCAACGACUGGCCGCCGCACAGCCACGCCCCCACGGCAAAGCCUGGACUCCAGUGACUCUGACACUGCCCAGUGAGGGGCGGACCCUGAGGAGAAAUAGAACGUGUACGCCGCCUUCCUGGCACUGACACGCCCCCUUUUCCCUACAAUUUUUUGCUGCACACAGGGGCCCAAUGAACUGAACUCGACUGAUCUCCAAGCUGCUCCUGUGUAUAUAGAGGCCAUUCUCCUUGAAAAUAUAUGUUUCUACAUACAAAUAUACUGUAUAUUAGCAUAUCGAUAUACACUGAGUAUACAAAACAUUAAGAACACCUGCUCUUUCCAUGACAUAGACUGACCAGGUGAAUCCAGGUGAAAACUAUGAUCCCUUAUUGAU